AUGUUUAUACCAAAGAAAAACAGAAUUCUCAUUUAUGAAAGCCUUUUCAAACAUGGUGUCUUGGUUGCAAAGAAAGACUAUAACAUGCCAAAACACCACGAAUUAGAAACUGUCCGAAACCUGGAGGUUAUCAAAGCCAUGCAAUCACUGAAGUCUAGAGGCUAUGUAAAGGAAAAUUUUGCCUGGCAACAUUAUUACUGGUUUUUGCAAAAUGAAGGAAUCGAAUACCUAAGAGAAUAUCUUCAUCUUCCUCCUGAAAUUGUUCCUGCAACAUUAAGGAGACAGCCAAAAGCUGAUUCUGGGCGAGCAAGACCAAGAGCUACAGAGCCAAGAAGCCCCAGUGGUAGGGAAAGUGAUCGUGAACAGUACAGGCGAGGUGGCCAAGGCGAAGGCAAAGCCUCUGGUGCUGGAAGCGAUUUUAACCCUGAGUUUCGUGGUGCAAGUACUGGUAUUGGAAGAGGAUUUGGUCCCCCACCUUCAUAAGCUGUAAAAUUGAUGCAUUGUUAUAGAAUUAAAGGCUAAAUAAAGAAGCUGA